AUGGCUUCCUCUCUCCGACUAGCUCCCUCCGCUCUUCGCUCCGUCACUGCACGACCAGCUGUGCAGUCCGCUGCAUACAACAGCCUUCGCUGCUACUCGACUGCUAAGGCCAAGUCUCUGAAGGAGACCUUCGCAGACAAGCUCCCCGGCGAGAUCGAAAAGGUCAAGAAGCUCAGGAAGGAGCAUGGCCACAAGGUUCUUGGUGAGGUCACUCUUGACCAGGCCUAUGGUGGCGCUCGUGGUGUGAAGUGUCUCGUGUGGGAGGGAUCUGUCUUGGACCCCCAAGAAGGUAUUCGCUUCAGAGGAAAGACUAUCCCCGAGAUUCAGAAGCUUCUUCCUAAGGCUCCUGGUGGUGAGGAGCCACUUCCUGAGGGUCUUUUCUGGUUGCUCCUGACUGGAGAGAUCCCCACUGAGCAGCAGGUCCGCGACCUGUCUGCCGAUUGGGCUGCCAGGUCCGACAUCCCCAAGUUCAUCGAAGAACUCAUCGACCGCUGCCCCAGCGAUCUUCACCCCAUGGCCCAGUUCUCUCUUGCGGUGACGGCUCUUGAGCACGAGUCCGCCUUCGCCAAGGCCUAUGCCAAGGGUAUUAACAAGAAGGACUACUGGAACUACACCUUCGAAGACUCCAUGGAUGUCAUUGCCAAGCUGCCUACCAUUGCUGCCAGAAUCUACCGCAACGUUUUCAAGGAUGGAAAGGUUGCUCCUGUCCAGAAGGACAAGGAUUAUGCCUUCAACUUGGCCAACCAGCUAGGCUACGGCGGUAAUGGCGACUUCGUCGAGUUGAUGCGUCUGUACCUGACUAUCCACUCCGACCACGAGGGUGGAAAUGUAAGCGCCCACACCACCCACCUCGUCGGCAGCGCUUUGAGCUCUCCUAUGCUCUCUCUGGCUGCUGGUCUGAACGGUUUGGCUGGUCCUCUCCACGGAUUGGCCAACCAGGAGGUGCUCAGGUGGCUCACCAAGAUGAAGCAGACCAUUGGCAACGACCUCAGCGACAAGGCCAUCACCGACUACCUGUGGUCGACCCUGAAAUCCGGCCAGGUCGUUCCCGGCUACGGCCACGCUGUUCUCCGGAAGACCGACCCCCGCUACGUGUCCCAGCGCGAGUUUGCCCUUCGCAAGCUGCCCGACGACCCCAUGUUCAAGCUGGUCAGUCAGGUCUACAAGAUCGCUCCUGGCGUCCUGACCGAGCACGGAAAGACUAAGAACCCCUGGCCCAACGUCGAUGCUCACUCCGGUGUUCUCCUGCAAUACUACGGCUUGACGGAGUCCAGCUAUUACACUGUCCUGUUCGGUGUGUCGCGUGCCUUCGGUGUCCUGCCCCAGUUGAUCAUCGACCGUGCUCUGGGUGCCCCGAUCGAGCGCCCCAAGAGUUUCAGCACCGAGGCGUACGCCAAGCUCGUCGGCGCCCAGCUGUAA